AUGGCGGCCCAGGACGGGCUGGAUCUUGGCAGCCUCUCUGCGAGCCAGCAGGAAGCGCUCCAGCAGUACACCGACGUUACGGGCCAGGAGAUCGGGGACGCCAUUCCUCUUCUUCAACGGUCGCAAUGGAACGUACAAUUUGCCAUUGCCAAGUUCUUCGAUGGCGAAGGCCCCGAUGUCGUUGCGCAAGCCCAGGCCGCACACGAUAGUAUCCCGCGAGCAACCGCACGGCACGAGAAUUUGCAAGAGGCCCUGAUUGACGACGCUUUUCUCCCACCGACACGACGACCGCAAACCGAACCAGCCCCCCGCGUCGUACCGCAACCAUCGGCGCUAUACCGCACACCACUUCUUAUCUCCUUGCUUUUAGCGCCGUUUCGAGUCGGGUACAAGCUCUUGGCCGGGGUCUUCCGGUCGAUUUUGUACUUCUUGACGUUCUUACCACAAUCAUUGCGGCCUGGAUUCGUCGCAUCCUCCCUUUCCAAAGGGUUAAGGCAGACCAACGGGAGAAGGGUGACUCUUCCGAAGGAGACCGCUCAAAGAUUUCGGCGUGAUUUUGAGGAGGAGUACGGGGAAUGUAGCCUCCCAUUUUUUGAGGACGGCCAUGCCCAAGCGUUAGACGCAGCAAAGAAGGACCUAAAGUUCCUCUUGACUGUUUUGCUAUCCCCCGAGCACGACGACACCGAGUCUUUUGUCCGGGAAACCCUUCUCUCGCCCGAGGUCGUGAGCUUCAUUAACGACCCAUCCAACAAUGUCAUUGUAUGGGGAGGAAAUGUGCUCGAUUCGGAGGCAUAUCAGGUCGCUCGGGAGUACAGCUGUGUCAAGUACCCCUUUUCGUGUGUGGUGUGCCUCACUCCCAAGGAAGGGAGCACGCGCAUGGGCAUUGUGAAGCGACUCGUCGGGCCGAUGACGCCGGAGUCGUACCUUGCCGGCAUCCAGGGCGCUAUCACGAGAUAUGGCCCUGACCUGAACGGUGCCCGGUCCGAGAGAGCCGCACAGGAGAUGGCUCGUAACCUUCGGUCUCAGCAGGACUCGGCGUAUGAGCGGUCUCUGGCCGUGGACCGGGAGAGGGCCCGCCAAAAGCGGGAGGCCGCGGCCGCCGCGGCCGCUGCCGAGAAGCGCGCUCUAGAGGAAGCAGAGGCCGCUGCACAGCUUCAGGAACAGCGGCAGAGGUGGAGGGAAUGGCGAGCAACGACCGUCCUCCCGGAGCCCGACGCCGGGGCAGAGGAUGUUGUCCGCCUGGCCGUCAACAUGCCUGCUUCGUCUGGAGCGGGCCGAGUGAUUCGGAGGUUUACUAAGGACACGACAUUGGAGGAGCUCUACGCUUUUGUGGAAUGCUACGAUCUCCUACAGGAUCGGCCCAGCGGGGGAUCCACGAGCAAGCCCGAUGGCUACGAACACAAGUAUGGGUUCCGGAUCGCAUCUGUCAUGCCGCGAGAGACAUUUGAGCCGAGCAUAUCCGCGACCGUUGGAGAGAAAAUGGGCCGCGGGGGGAAUCUUGUGGUAGAAGAUGUUCUCAUGGACGAGGAGGAAUGA